GACGCGUAGCUAAUGACACAAUAUACAGCAUUAGUGCAUACAUACAUAUUUAUGUACAUAAAAAUAACAGUGUACGCACAAAUUUGGCAUCAGAACUCACUUUCAAACUCAAUGCUGUUGCAUUCCUUUCCAUCGAAAUUUGUGAAUGCCAAAAUUUUGUAAUGAAUUUUUGUAAACCGGUGCUUUUGUUGUUCUUAAUGUUUGCAGCGAUUGAAGGCAGAUUCGAAGAUUUUGUAAUCAAAAACCAAAAUGAUUUAAAACGUUUUGGCGACUACAAUGACAUAAAUGAUGAAGACUAUGAAAUUGAUGAAGAUUCCGUGAUCAAUUUGGAACUACUACGCCAAUUGUACAAGACUGAACCGGGUAUUAUGGACUUGCUUAGAGACGGUUCGCUAGAAGAAAUACCCGCAGAUUUUAUGCAGAAAUUACAGCAAUACUAUGCACAGGUGGAGCCUUGGAAUUGCGAAAAUGAUGAAAAUUCUCAUGGUAUGAAUGUUUAUGAUAUUUUGUGAGACUCAAUAAAUUGUGUAUGAAAAUGCAGCAG